AUGUUAACCAUUCAGCAAGGGCGACCAGCUCCAACGUUAUUAGCGUUGAAACCGUGUCCUGGUGCGGUACGCAAUUUUUCAAAGAUACCUUCAUCGGAAUCGACUUCUUCGUCUUCUUUGGAACCAUCGUCAGCAUUUGAAUGUCUUCCACCGGCAUGCACAUUGGAGGGACCACCAGUGUGUGACACAAAAGGGGUUCUACAUGAGAACAUCUGCCUUUUCAUUCAUGCACGAUGUCUUGCUGCUCGAGCUGGAGUGACGUUAUCGACCCAGGCAGAGGAAAACUGCCUCAAAUCGAGGUGCAAUGAGAUUUGUUCAACAGACGAGAAGCCGGUAUGCGGCAGCAACUUUGUCACCUAUAGAAACCUUUGUCAGUUCAACAAGGACCGGUGCAAGGAUGAUUCACUUUCGCUGCUGUUCCACGGGAAGUGCCAGGAAUGCUUAGCAUCGCCAUGUCCUCCACCUCCUCUGAACGCCACUGAUGAGUUUUUCGUGUGCGACGAAGAUGGCUCUUCUCGUACCGUUUGUGAAUUCCAAAUGCUCAGCUGUAUUGUGGAAAGAAGUGUCGGCGUAAACAUGAGCAUUCAACAUGUAAUAAUUUAA